CCUUAAUGCGAAUAUUGGAACAUUAAGCUUGCACCAACGGCGAGGAUAAAUUCUUAGGUAAAUUGAAAGCUGUCAAAUGCAUAAAACCCCGGGCUCAACCAGCGGUAGGGUUUUUGGCUGAGAGGAGAGGCGAUUGACAGUUUUGAGUAAUGGCUUUUGCCAAAAUUGGGAGUCUCUUCAAGCAUGCAGUGUCAUCUAAACCUUCAAUCUACCAGGCAGUGAGAUGCAUGUCAUCAUCAAAAGUCUUUGUUGGAGGGCUAUCAUAUGGCACAGAUGAUCAAACUCUAAGAGAAGCGUUUUCUGGCUAUGGUGAAGUUAUUGAGGCUAGGGUUAUCCUUGAUCGGGAAACUGGGAGGUCGAGGGGUUUUGGUUUUAUAACUUUUACGUCGGGUGAAGAAGCCUCUGCUGCAAUAACUGCCAUGGAUGGGAAGGAGCUUCAUGGGCGCUUGGUUAGAGUUAAUUAUGCAAAUGAUCGUCCUUCAGGCUUUGGUGGUGGAGGUUAUGGCGGCGGUGGUUAUGGUGGUGGUGGUUAUGGUGGCAGCGGCGGUUAUGGCGGUGGUGGAGGUUAUGGUGGUGGUGGAGGUUAUGGCGGUGGCCGCGGUGGUGGUUAUGGGGGAAAUGCUGGUGGAUAUGGAAACCGUGGUGGGGGCUAUGGCGGUGACGGCUAUGGUAGCGGAGGGUAUGGCGGCGGCGGCGAUGGUGGUGGUGCUUCUGCCGGUUAUGGUGGAGAUAGCUAUGGAAGUGGAGCCGGUAGUUAUGGCAGUGGAGGUGCUGCUGGUGGUUUUGGUGGCGGGACUGGUGGCAACAAUUACGUUGCUGGAGGUGCUGGUGGGAGUGAAAACUAUGGUGGCAGUGGUGUUGGACAAAACUAUGCAAGUGCUGCUGGCAACUUGGGCGGUGGUUCUGACAAAUACAAUUUCAACCUGGAUGGAUCAGGUAGCAGCUAUGAUAACAACAAUCAAUAUGGCAGCAACCCAGAAAGCACAACCAGUGGUUUGAACUAUGGCAAUCAGGAUGACUUUGAUCAAAGUUUGAAGGAUGAUUUUGAUGAAUCUGAUGACUAUGCAAACAAGAGUAGAUCAUAAUGGUCAUCAGCACAGACUAAUUGGAAGAUGAGAGAGGUGAUUAUCAUAUUUAUCUGUCUCAAUAAAAACUUGUAUUAAGUUUAUGAGUUGGAUAUCAGCUGUUGUAGCUCUUGAUCGUUUGGCACAACUGUCGUCUUUGCAUGUACCCUUUUUUUCUAUAUUUUUUGUUGAAAAUGUUUCAAGUUCUUAAAUCAGAAAUAUUUCCAUGGGCGCGUGUAGAUUGUUAAGCGGCAGUGGAAAAGAUUGUUGCUCUACAUGAUUGGCAGGUUCCUUUACCUAUUUAUAUUAAGAGGAAAACUUCAUUUCUUUUAGUUUUUUAAA